ACUUGACACGUGGCCGGUGCACCUUAAAGGCAGGAGUAAUGACUGUAUGGUUCGAACACCUGCUUCAGGAUUGAAGUGGUUGUAAAUAUUUAUUAUUAUACUUGAAGGUGUUAAGUGUCUCGAUGUGUUAUUGCAGCAUUAUCACCGCUGCACAGUUGGCUCGUUCCGGUGAAGCCGGUUGCUGAAAUGCCACGCAGGCAGGCAGGGGCUGAGUGGAUGAGACGCCGUGAAGCAGAAAGGGGCAUCGCCACUUCAUUGCACGGGUGAAAAGGGAGGGACAGCCCGUAUUAAGGUCAAGGAAAUAAAUGGUCAAUAAAAUGAGGAAACUCUUUCGAGGCAGCGGCAGGAUCCUAGCGAUUAUUUUUGCCGCCUCAAUUAUCUGGUUGAUCUUUGACAUGGCAGCGCUACGGUUUUCCUUCACCGAGAUCAACAGCAGAGUUUCCAGGGAAGAGCUGGUACGGCUGGAGCGGCUGAGGGCGAAGGUGCUGCAAGACCAGGAGCUGCACAAGAUGUUCAGGAAACGGGCCGGAGGCGUUUACGGGCUUGCCGAGGAGGGGGACUCAGGGCGGCGGGCUCGCCAUGGAAACCGCUCCGUCCCGGCCGAAGAUCUUGCGGCUGAAGCCGCCGAAAGGCUGCCGGCAGCCGGCGGGCGGCAGAUUGAGGGGAAGCGGGCGAAACACUUCGUGCGACUGGGCACGCGCCCCCCGACCAACGGCCGCGCUCUCUCUGUGCCCCCCAGAACAUUCUGGAACCGGCCAACGGCUCCCCAGUCUCGACACCGCGGAGAUCACGGCCGCCUCCACACGCCUGCAUGGCGGCCCCGGCCGGUACUCGCAACUUCCCACCCCGCCUCACUACCCGGGAAGGUAUCCGACGUUCGGAGGCCCGAUCUCAGCAAGCCUUUUCAGCACCCCCCAACAGGGGCGAAAGUGAUGGUCCAGCCGGUGAGUCCUGCUGGUCAAAAGUCGCAGUUUCAGCCCGACCAACGGGGCAGGUCGGCCAAAGGAAGCCGGCAACAAAGUGUGAAGCCGGCGGAAGAAAAGCCCGAUAGCGACCGCACGGUAGAGGCCACCCCAGGCUCCCCACUUCACCCACACCCCUUACCAACUGAAGCAGCAGAAAACGCUGAAAGUACCGCGCUGGAAGAAAAGCUCAAGGUCAAUUUAUCUGCCGUGGCAAUCGAACCAAAUACAGUGGCUAUACCGGUCAAUGAUACAGUAAAACAAUCCAAUGGGAAAACAGCCCCCACUUUUAAAGUUUGGAACGGAACAAAAAAUGAAUCCGCCACUAUUAAUGGCAUAAAGGGUCUUGUAUUGAAACAGGCUGAAUUUAAGACUGUUGUAAGCGGUUUAUUAACCAAUGCCACAAACACACAGACUGAACUUGAAAUUAACGAAACGGCAAUGAACAAUUUAAUAAAAAAUCAGACGUAUGCCAUUGAAGAAAGCGAUUUUUCGAAAGAUAUUACGAUGGAAGCAACUCUUAAAAUCAACGAAACAAACGAAUUACAGAGCGAUAGCAAUAUUCUAAACCAUUCAUUUACUCAUUUAGAUUCUGUUGUCGGAGUGCAUAAAGUUUUGGGCAUUGACAUAACCAUAUCCCCUCGUGAUUCCAAAGCCGUUGGUCAAUUCGGGCAUCGAGCAAUUGUGCCAAAGGAACAUGAAAAAUUAGCAAAGGAGAAAUGGAACGAGGGACAUUUCAACGUAUAUCUCAGUGACAAGAUUCCACUGGACAGGGCUAUUCCGGACACCAGACCUGAAGGGUGUUCCAACCAGGUAGUUCACAACAACCUUCCAACGACCAGCAUCAUCAUGUGCUUUGUGGAUGAAGUAUGGUCCACACUUCUGAGGUCAGUACACAGCAUCUUCAACAGAUCACCAGCUCAUCUCAUUAAAGAAGUUAUCCUUGUGGAUGAUUUUAGCACCAAAGAAUAUCUGAAAGAAAAUUUAGACAAAUAUAUGUCACAAUUCCCAAAAGUUCAUGUUAUUCACCUCCAUGAACGUCAUGGUUUAAUACGUGCCAGACUUGUAGGUGCGGCUGUUGCUACAGGUGAUGUGCUGACAUUUUUGGACUCCCAUGUUGAAUGCAAUGUUGGCUGGCUGGAGCCACUUUUAGAAAGAAUCUAUUUAAAGCGAACAAAAGUAGCUUGUCCUGUGAUUGAAAUCAUUAAUGAUGAGGAUAUGAGCUAUGUAGGAGUAAGUAGUUUUCUACGGGGAGUAUUUACCUGGCCCAUGAAUUUUGAGUGGAAGGCGAUACCUGAUGAAGUUAUUAAAAAAUAUAACCUAAAAGAAAUGGACCCAAUUAGGUGUCCAAUAAUGGCAGGAGGAUUAUUUUCAAUUGAUAAGAAAUAUUUUUACGAAUUGGGUACUUACGAUGCAGGUUUGGAGGUCUGGGGUGGAGAAAACAUGGAGCUGUCAUUUAAGGUCUGGAUGUGCGGAGGAGAAAUUGAGAUUAUCCCGUGUUCAAGAGUGGGCCAUAUUUUCCGUGAUGGCAAUCCAUACACAUUUCCAAAAAACAGAAUUAAGACAGUGGAGCGGAAUCUGGCCCGUGUAGCAGAAGUUUGGCUGGAUGAAUACGUUGAUGUUUUCUAUGGUCAUGGUUACCAUCACCUUCUUAACACAAAUAAUAUUGAAUUUAAUAUUGGAAACUUAAGGAAACAAAAGCAACUCCGGAAAAAACUCCAGUGUAAGAGCUUUAAGUGGUACUUAGAAAAUGUCUACCCUGAUUUCCGGCCAUCAUUAGUGAGAAGUGACGGCUUGCUUUUUAAUGUUGGAACAAGAAGAUGUCUUGCUGUUGGAAAUGGCACAUUUUCAUUUGAACUGUGUGACAUUAGUAAAAAGAAUCAGCAUUUUAGUCAUUCAUGGUUAAGACUAAUUAAACAGAUGGAUAUGUGUAUUGCUGUAUUGGAUGUGAAGCAAGUGUUGGGAAUGAAACCCUGUGACAAAAAGAACAAUAAUUUAAGGUGGCUGCAUCGGUCCUUUACAGAUGAAUCAACAUUGAUGGACCAUAUUCUUUGGGAGACGUCUCAGUUUCCUGUGUGUUUGGAAGGAAAUCCAUUUGGAAACAUCUUGACAAUAAAUUCCUGUAAUCCAGUCAACAGUUACCAAAAAUGGAAAUUCACCAACUAUUAUGAAGAUUGAAGGACGUAACAACAAUGAUAGUAUCACAAGCAUUUUCAAAGUGUUGUAAUUGAAACUAUAUCUGAUCAGAUGGAUGCCAAGAUCAGUGCAUAUUAAACAAAGGACAUCGAGCCAUUCUAAAUAAUGUACAAAUAUCUUUUAAAGAGCAAAUCUUUCCGGGUGGGAUUCUGAAAGAACUGGAACACGGGCUGAGUAAUACUUGACUUCAAACAGUGGCAAAUAGAUUUCUGCUCUUAUGGAAAAGUCAAAUCUUAUUUUGGUUUGAUCUACAAAGGUGGUGUAUUUUUCUACCUUGUUUUUUAGAAGACUGUGGAAAAUAAUUUAUUGUAACAAGACAAAUGUUAAUCUGUGAAUUAAUGUAAUUUGGACACUUUCCCUUUGUUAAGUGCCUUUAAAACUAUUUCUUUCAUAUUUAUAGAAAAAGGGAAAGUUUUAACAUUCAAAUCCAAAAGACAAAAUGACAAGAUUUGGUGAGAUGAUAAGAAACUAAUUUUAAAAAAUAUAGUUUUAAUUUUAGGCUUUCAAGUUUUUAUUUCACUCAUUAUACCCCUUCCACUCAUUAGUUUUUUUAUUAAUUACUUUUCUGUGUAAUUUUCUGACAACUUAGCUUGUAAACAUUUUCUUUUAAAAUAACUUUUAAGGUGCCUUUAUAGCAGGUUUUCACCAGAAUGGUUUGUUGAUCAAUUGCAAUUCUAUACACCUUGUAGAACCUGUAAUUCCAAACUUAUAGUCAAAUCCAUUCCAUAAACAGUCUGCAAUUAGCAGAAUGACAACUGACUGGGGCAAUAAAGAUAGAAAGUAAAAAUAUUAUAAGUUGCAAAAUAUUGCAUGUGUUGUUCAAGAACAGGUCUACAUAAAGAUCAACAGAGCAAAGAAUAGGGUGAAUUUCCUUAGGCUGCAAACAGUAUGUUACAGUAGAGAAUGCUACAACAUACAUGAUUUUGGUACAUCAUUAAAAGAGGUACCAAAAGAGAUAACGAGAGAGACAGCGGAUGCAUUGGUUGUAUUUUCCCCAAAUUGUUAAAUUCAAGAGAAAAGUACCAGAGGGGUAGAAAACUGCCAGUAUGACAUCCCUAAUCAAAACUAGAAAAGAAGCAUAAAGCAGGAAACUAUAGACCGAAUGACCUAACAUCUACUAUUGGAAAAGAAUUGGAAUCAAUCAUUAAGGAGGUUAAUAUCAGAACAUUUGGAAAACCAUAAUCUAAGCAAGCAGCAACAGCACAGUUUCGUGAAAGGGAAAUCGUGUCUGACUAAUUUAUUAAAGUUUUACAAGGAAAUCUCAAUCAGGAGUGGAUAGAGGAGAACCAGUAAAUGUAUUGUAUGCGGACUUCGAGAAGGCAUUUGACAAGGUACCUCACAAAAUGUUAAGCCAUUAGAUAAGUGCCCACAAUGUUGGAGGUUGUGUGUUGGCAUGGAUAGAGAAUUGGCUGAGGAGCAGGAAACAGCGAGUGGCAAUAAGGGGUUGUAUUUCACAUUGGCGACCUGCGACCAAUGGCAUUCCACAGGGAUCAGUUCUGGGACUGCAACUGUUUACGAUAUCUUCUAAUGACUUGGAGGGAGGAAGUGAAUGUACUGUAGCCAAAUUUGCAGACAACACAAAAAUAGGUGGAAAGGCAACUUGUGAGAAGGAUACAAACGGAGAGCGAUACAGAUAGUUUAACAAAGUGGACAAAAAAAUUGGCAAAUGGAGUAUAAUGAGAGAAAAUACAAAUUUGUUUAUUUAGGAAGGGAGAACAAAAGAACAGAACCUUAGUUAAAUGGUGAAAAACUGCAGAAAGCUUGUAACAUAAAAGGACUUGGGGUUCUUAUGCUGAAAACACGGAAAGCUAGUAUACAGGUGCAGCAGGUAAUCAAGAAGACAGUGGAAUGCUGCCCUUAUUUAAAGGGACUUAGAAUGUAGGAGGAGUGAAGUCUGACUGCAAUCAUGUAAGAUGCUGGUGAGACUGCAUCUAGAGUACUGUGAGCAAUUUUGGUCCCCAUAUGUAGAGAACAUAUUAUUUCAUUGGAGGCAGUUCAGAGAAAGUUCAAUUGGAUGAUCCCUAAUAUGGAGAGAUUGUCUUUUGAGCAAAGGCAAAACAAAUAGAGACUGUCAUCCCUGGAGUUUGGAAGAAUGAGAAGUUAUGUCAUUGAAACAUGGGAUUCAUAAGGGGCUUGACAGAGUAGUUGCUAAGAGGAUGUCUCCCAUCAUGGAAGCAUCUACAACCAGAAUGCAUAGUCUCAGAAUAUGGGAGUAUCAAUUUCUGACUAAGAUAAGGAGGAAUUUCUUCUCUUAGAGGAUUAUGAAUCUUUGGAACACCUCAUCACACAGAGCUUUAAGAACAAAGUCCUUGUUUAUAUUUAGACUGAGAUAGAUUUUAGAUCAGUAGAAAACCAAGGGUUAUGAGGAAAAUUUCAGGAAAGUGCAUGUGAAGAAUAUCGGUCUAGCCAUUAUGCUAUUGAAUGGCAGACAGGCUUGAGGAGUUGAACAGCCUACUCCUCUUCCUAUUUCUUGUAGUGUUAUAGAUCGUCUGGUGCAUCCAGUAGAAUUGUUACCUCUGAGCCCAAAGUUCUCAUUUCAAGUCCCAUUCCAGGACUUGAUAGCCAAGGAAGGUGCAUUCACAACAAAGUCAAAAAGCUUGAGUGUCAAAUUUGCAAAUCCUUCUAAUGUAUGCCAAUGGCAGGCAGAGCAGCCAGAGAGAUUCCUGGUUAGAUAAAUGAUGGAAAAGAAAAUAGAUAGUUCUGCUAUCAUUAUUCAGCACUUCAAACAAUGACAUGUAUGUAGUAGCACAUGUUGCUACAAAACUUCAAGUUGGUGCCUAUCAGAUUUGUCCCAAGCACCAUUCCCAUCCCCCAUUCUAGUGAUGAUUUCAGGACCAUUCCUUGCCCCACCUAUAGUAGAGGUUGUGACACUGGGGAAGUACAUUAUGCAAGGAUUAAAUAAAUACUUGAGCUUUUCAUUAAUCUGUAGCAGAAAACUUUAACAGGCAUUUUAAAUUAAUAUUUGCUAUUGAUAAUCAAGAUACCGUUUUUUUAAAAAAAUAUUUUAGGGGAAAUUUUCUGCUUCAUAAUUGUAGCAGAAUGUGUAGUUAUUUCCUUAAUGCUCCAGUUGGUGUCACCAUUUCACUUGCAAAUACAGCUGUGCUGUUUGUUACACAGGAUCUACAAAUUAAAAUCUAACAGUAAGAAAUAUUUUUAAAAUAGGGGAAAUAAAGGGCUUUUGUGCACAUUUGUUUCUUUCAUUGUAAACAACUCCCAGUCAACUAGAAUGAUUCAUGUGUUUCUUCUGCACAAUAAUUGUUUCACUUAUUUUGUUCAUGGAAGAAGGCCAAGGCUAGUUGUGGACAUAGGAAUGUGGUUCAUUUUCUCAACUUUGAUUGCUAAACAAUCUUUUCAUAAUGUGACAUUUUAGUUGAUAUUAAAUAAUAUAGAAAUUAUCAGGCAGGUUUUCCCUUCUGUAAGAAAAAAUAAAAUUCUGUUUAAUUUGUGAAUAACUUAUUCAUAAAUUAUUGUAAAUACGUUGGCCAUGGUGAUUACUGAAUGCUUCGUUCAGGAAAUAUUUUGUGACGGCCGCAGACUGACACUAAUUAUCAAUGUUUGUGAAUCUAAUAAGUCAGAGUACUGCAUUGUGUUUCUUGUUUUUAGCCAUUUUUAUCUGGAAAGCUGAUGUUAGUUAAUGGGAAACGUUCAUUUGAUACUUACAAAGCAACUAAUGGUUUUAUAAAGCCAUUAAUUUUAGCAAAGUUUAAUGUCUUAAGUUCCUUAAUUUUAAAUAUAUUUUUACUUUGCCAUUUUCCAAACAAGAUUUAUACAUUAACCUGCUUUUAGACCUUUUUUAUAGCCUCUGACAGCUUCAUGAAGAAUUGUAUACAACUUAGGAUGACUCCAAACCUCAAACAAGCCACUAAGAGACAUAAUGAACAGGUAGAGCCUUCUCUCACUAACAUGAACAAAAGUGGAAAAUACUAAUGUGGGAAUUGUGAGCACCAACAUAUGUCACAUUGUUCUGUGGUACUAUGCUUUGGAGUGCUGGCCUACUUCACACUUCUAACAGCUGGCUGAGUAAUAUUUCACACAAAAACGUCGCUGAUCACCAACAAAUAUAUUUAGUUUUGUACUGUUGAGAUGAAUAGAAGCCCGGAAAUUUGGAUUUUAAAAACCAGUGCCUGUAACUGCCAGUAUAUCUACUAAACUGAUUUACCUGACAAUUCCAAGUAAGUUUAGGAAAUGCUAAAUAAAAUUAAGAUUAUUGUCUAUGUUAAUAG